AUGGAAUCUCAUGUUGAUAUAUCAAAAGUGUUGGAUGUAUGGAAAAAGCUGUGUAAUUCUUGGGAUUGGCUCUCGAAUGCAAAUGUAUGUACUAAAGGGACACGAAUUAUUCUUGGAUGGAACAUUGAAAUUGUUGAUGUUAUGUUACUAGCUCAAACGGAUCAGGUGUUCAAUACAUGGACCCAAAAGCCUAAAAAAGGUGUAGGCUUGUUAAAGAAAAUUGAUAGGGUCUCGGAUCACUCUCCAUGUGUAUUACAGCUCCUGUCUAUAUCUCCUGAUCAGCCUAAACCUUUUAAAUUCGCUAAUUUUCUUGCUGAUAAAGAGGGUUUCCGAGAUCUGGUGGCAAAUGCUUGGCAAGACGACAUUGGAGGACAUAAUAUGUUUAAAGUGGUGAAGAAAUUAAGAUCAUUGAAACGCCCACUACGAAAAAUUCUAUUUCAACAAGGAAAUUUACAUGCCCGUGUUGAUCAAUGUCGAGCAGACCUUGAUGAAAUUCAAGCGGAAAUAGAUAAGGAUCCUACCAAUUCGGGGUUACGUGAGAAGGAAACUAUUGUGUUAAAAAAGUUCAACGAUGCAUCUUAUGAUGAAGAAUGUUUUCUAAAACAAAAGUCAAAGGUGGAAUGGUUAAAAUGCGGUGACUCUAAUUCUAAAUUUUUCCACAAUUCUGUGAAAAGUAAGAAUCAUCGGAGUCGUAUUGAGGUUAUUAAGGAUGUUAAUGGGGUUAUUCAUGAAGGGAAGGCGGCUGCCCUUGCUUUAGUUGCUCACUAUGAAAACUUUCUUGGCAGUCGUGGUGAUAUGUCCCCUUUUAUGCAUGAUGGUUUGUUUUCGCGCAUUAUAGAUACACAACAAGCUAAUGAUAUGAUCCGUACUGUAUCACAGGAGGAAAUCAAGAAGGCUAUGUUUUCAAUAGGGGAUAAUAAAGCGCCAGGUCCAGAUGGAUUCUCUUCAGCCUUUUUCAAGAAAACUUGGGAUUGUAGGUAA